GGGGAGGGGAGGCGGUAAGCUGGGGCUUCACGACGCAGCUGAGGAAGGGGAGCGUAGGGAAGGGACCCCUGAGGAGCCAAGCGACGGGGUAGGGGGGUGAGGGUGGCUGUGGGUUACUGUGCUUGUGUGGUUGUCAUUGUAUGUCAGUGUGUGGUGUGCAGCUCUUAUUGUGUGACUAUGAUUGUGCAGCUUCAGGAGUCUGUCGGGGUGUGUGUGUGUGCAUGAGACUGUCAUUGUAUGGCUGUCGUUGUGGGCACCACUCUGAUGGUUGGUGUGUGUGUGUGACUGCCUUUGGGUGGCUGUGUGACUACCACUGAAUGUGGCUGUCUUGGUGUCCCUGUGGUGGUGUGCAUAUGACUGUCAUUGUGUGGCCGCUGUUGUGUGUUCACUCUGAUAGUGUAUGUGUGGCUGUGAUCAUCUGCCUUUCCAGUGUGGCCCUGUGUGUGAGUGUAUAUCAUGGUCCAUCUAUGUGCUCUUCCGUGGCCAUGUGGCUGUGUUUGUGGAUGCACCAUGUCUCUCCCAUGACUGUCAGUGUGGAUGAGACACUGUUGGUGUGUGUGGCUCUUAUUGAGUGUCUUGUAAUUGGGGGCGUAACACUGUGACCGGUUUUGUUAUCCCCACUGUGUCUCUCUCUUUACCGUGACUCAUUAAGUGGGUUAUACAUCCCUGACCAUGGUAGGGUGAAGGGUUGUAUGGAGGCUGGAUGGUGUGUAGGGUCUCCUAAUGUGGUCCUCGGUAUGUUUGGGAGGGAGGACUUGUUUGAUUUAUGUUGUCUGUGACAGGCUGUGUGCCAACUGUACCUUGUGUGUGUUGGACACCUGUCUGAAUGGGCGAGCCUGUCUUGUACACCAGGAGCCAGCAGCCAGCACAGUGCCUGAAAGUGAUCAGGUGCUCAGUCUCCUUGUUGAGGUGGACAGUAUGCCAUCAUGUGUGUGUGUGUGGAUGUUUCUGUGGUGUCUGGAAUGGAGGCUAAUGUUGGGUUAUGCACCCCAUGGGUGCUGGUGUGGGUGACCCUGUGGCCAUCUGGGACCUCUGGCUACCCUCACCACACAUCACACUGCAGAGCAAGCCUUGUGCCUACCCUAACCUGCCCAGGCCUCGGUUUCCACGUCUGCACAAUGGGGGUGACCAUCCCUGCCCUGCUGGGCACUAGGAGCGGCUGUGAGUCUGUGGGCGUGGCAGCAGAUCGUGGGAAGCCAUAGGGCACUUUCACAGGCCUGGCUUUCACCAUGGCAGGAGGAAGACCACACCUGAAGAGGAGUUUCUCCAUCAUUCCCUGCUUUGUCUUUGUGGAGUCGGUGCUGCUGGGCAUUGUGGUCCUGCUGGCUUACCGCUUGGAGUUCACAGAUACCUUCCCAGUGCAUACCCAGGGAUUCUUCUGCUAUGACAGUACCUAUGCCAAGCCCUACCCAGGGCCUGAGGCUGUCAGCCGAGCACCUCCUGCACUCAUCUAUGCCCUGGUCACUGCUGGGCCCACACUUACGAUCCUGCUGGGGGAGCUGGCUCGUGCCUUCUUCCCUGCACCACCUUCAUCCAUACCUGUCACUGGGGAGAGUACCAUUGUGUCUGGGGCCUGUUGCCGCUUCAGCCCACCCCUGCGGAGGCUGGUCCGCUUCUUGGGGGUCUACUCCUUCGGCCUCUUCACCACCACCAUCUUUGCCAAUGCAGGGCAGGUGGUGACUGGCAACCCCACUCCACACUUCCUGUCAGUAUGCCGCCCCAACUACACGGCCCUGGGCUGCCAGCCGCCCUCACCAGACCGGCUAGGCCCCGAUCGCUUUGUCACUGACCAGGGCGCCUGUGCUGGCAGCCCCAGCCUUGUAGCUGCUGCCCGCCGGGCCUUCCCCUGCAAGGACGCGGCUCUUUGCGCCUACGCAGUCACCUACACGGCGAUGUACGUGACCCUCGUGUUCCGCGUGAAGGGCUCCCGUCUGGUCAAACCCUCGCUCUGCCUGGCCCUCCUGUGUCCAGCCUUCCUGGUGGGUGUGGUCCGUGUGGCCGAGUACCGCAACCACUGGUCCGAUGUGCUGGCUGGCUUCCUGACUGGGGCAGCCAUUGCUACCUUUUUGGUCACCUGUGUUGUGCACAAAUUCCAGAGCCGACCACCCUCUGGUCGGAGGCUCUCCCCCUGGGAAGACCUGGGUCAAGCCCCCACUAUGGACAGCCCCCUCGAAAAGUUAAGUGUGGCCCAGGAACCCGAGGCCUGCAGGCCGCAUUCGACACCGGCACGGCUCACCCCAUCCAAGCCGCAGAACUGCACCCGCCGUGGCCACCUGAUCCCCAGCUGCGUGUCCUCCAGAGCCCCAGCCAUGUGUUCGUCACCCCGUGUGCCCCGCCCUCGACUGAGGUCUGAGCCGACACCCCUGCCACUGCCCCUGCCCCUGCCAGCACCGACCCCCAGCCAGGGCCCCUCGCCUUCUUCCCCUGGACCUGGGGGACCAUGUGGGGGUGGUGGACGUGGCCGGAAGCUGCUGCUGCCUACACCCCUGCUGCGGGACCUGUACACCCUGAGUGGACUCUAUCCUUCCCCCUUCCACCGGGACAACUUUAGCCCUUACCUGUUUGCCAGCCGUGACCACCUGCUGUGAGGCCCAACUACCCAUCCAGAAUCUACCUAGUCCCCACAUCUUCCCUGCCACGCAUGUGUGUGCGUGUGCCAUGUGCGUGCCAAAGUCCCCUGCAUCCAAACCAGCCAGGCUCAGAUAUCAGAAGAUGGCUGGAAGGACACUUGGGGGAUCCCCUGCCCCUCUUGCCAUCUAGGAUAUCCCAAUGGGCAAAGAUGCUGGGUGGGCCCUUGCCCCUAAGAUUGCCCUUUUGAGGGCCAAAGCCUGAUCACAUUGGCCAUUGCCCAGCCAAUGAGGGUCCCUAGCUCUCAGAAUUCUAACCAAAAGGAGUUUGUUCCAGCCAAUGGGAGCCUGUCCCUAACUUCUUAGAAUCCCUGGGUAAGACGGCAAUUCUAGCUAGUGUUCAGCGUCUGAGCAGCCAAUAGGAGCCCUUGGUUUCCACGGUUUCUAGAGUGGGUGGGUAUGAUUCCAGUCAAUGGGGGACCGCCCGUGUCUAGGCACGUGAAAAGGAGAGGAAGGAGAUUCUUUACCAUCCAGUCCUCUCUUGGAAUCAGGGAGUCCCUCUGGAGGGUGGGGGCAGGCUCCCCCAUAGCAGGGUCCUUGAGGUACCCCUUCACUUCUUAACCCCUCCCCUGUGUGCAACCUUUCACCUAGUCCCUCUAAAUUCUCUACUUACACAGGGCUUGCCCCAGUUUAGCAGUUUUGGGGUUCAGGGUGCUGUGUCUCCCCUCUCUGGUGCCCAGGUCACCCCAAACCCUUCUAUUUAUUAGGCCUUGGGAAAAGAUUUUUUUCUUGGAACACAUUCCCCUUUUUCACAUUGCCCCCCAUGCCUCAGCCUCAUGCCAAUGUUCCAUUAUUGGAGGCAUGGGUUGAGCAGAGGGGCUCCUUCAACCUGAGCAGCCAAAGGCAGCGGACAGAGGAAACGCUGUCCCCCUUUCCGGCUCCCUCUUCAUCUUUAAUUUAUCUCAUCUUUAAUAAAGACUUGUUUGUAACAGAA